AUGGGUUUUCAGUCCGAUUCGGAUUUCGCGCUAUUCGACUCCUAUUCCAACUACUACGAUUGGCGUCGCGGUAUGGAGUUGCGCACUAUCGAAUCCCUUAAUCUACAUUCACGUCCGUCUGGGAUUGAAGCAUGGGUCGAACGUUUCGAGCUCUGGUGCAGCCUAUGGAAGAACGGAAAACAGAAGCAAUCCAUACUAUUUCUUACAGUUGAUGGAAAGGAAAUGUGCUCUUUGCUGAAGAAUCUCGCUUUCCUUGACAAUCCGGCCAAAUUGCCAUUCCCGAUGCUGAAACCAUUGCUUCUUGCCCACGUGAUUCCUGUUGAUCUCUAA